AUGGAGGCCCUUGGUGCCCAAGAAGCACAGCAGCAGCCUCUGCCUCCCGGACGCCUGGACGCUGCGGGGGAGCACCCUCUCCCUCUUGGAGGGACCAGAGGCAGAUCCAGGGAAGCACACAUGGCUUCCUGCGCUGGGGAGGAAGGCGUGCCCCCGGCCAUCCCCCCGCUGAGGCCCAGCGAUCAGUUCCACCUGUUUGUGAGCUACAGCAGCGUGGACGCCGUGUGGACCCACGGGCUCACUGGCCGCCUGGAGGCCGAGCUCCCGGGGCUGAGGGUGUGCCUGCAUGAGCGGGACUUCACGCCCGGCAGGAACGUGCUGGAGAACAUGGCGGGCUGCAUCCAGCAGAGCCAGAAGGUGCUGCUGGUGCUGAGCGAGGACUUCGUGCAAAGCCGCUGGUGCCUGCUGGAGGCCGACCUGUCCCUCGUGGGCUCCUGCCUGGAGAGGAAGCCGGUCCUCCCCGUCCUGCUGCGGCCCUGCCGGGUCCCGCUGCACCUCAGCCACCUGACCUACCUGGAGGCCACGGACGGCCGCUUCUACCAGAAGCUGGUGCAGCUCCUGUGCACCCCCAACCAGCGCCUGGCACGCCCCCUGGCCCUGCGCUCGGCCCCCACCCUCUACAGCGGGAAGGCCCUGCUGACCCUGGACUGCAUCAACAGGGACAGCCUGCCCUCGUGGAAGGUGGGCAGCUUCAGCACGCUGGCCGUGCCGGACCCCCUGAAGGAGGUGCUGGAGGACCCCGAGCUGUACAAGCGAGCCGUGGGCAUCCUGAAUGGCGUGCGCUCGCCCCGCUGCCUCCUGCGUUAUCUGGGCUGCAGGGUCAUACUUGCCAUAGUCCUGCUUCUCCUCUCCGCAGCCUCGCUGUUCUUACCCUUCAUCUUUGGGGCCUGGCAAAACCAGCCAUUUCAGCGGUUCCUCGUGAUCAGCGCCAAUGUAUUUUUCGGCCCCUUUUUCAUGAUCUUAAGCGUCAACACCCUGUGCUGGUUCCGAAGGUCUUCCAAGAGGACCCUGCGGGAGCUGGCAUGCCGCGUCGGGGAGGCCAACCUGCUGCUGGCGCCGCACUCGGUGCUCAUGGGCUGCGAGACCAAGAACAAGCUCUACUUCGUGUACGUGCUGCUGGGCGACUGCCAGCGGGCCUUCCUGGGCGCCCCCGAGGGCGAGGCCGCGUUCCAGGAGGCCAUCCUGCGGUUCGCCUCCAGCUACGCCUGCUGCCUCGCCCACGGGCACUUCCCCCAGUGGGAGGAGGCCGCGGGGGGCUCUGGCCACCUGGAGGUGGGCCUGUGCUUCUGCCAGUUCGUGUCUCUGCAGCUGAGGAGACUCGGGGGGCAGGGGGGGCGAGUUGAACCCCGUGUGACGGUCUGA